CGCCGGAAGAAGAAGCGGAAAAGAGACCGCCCUUCCAAAGGAAGGCGAGUCUUUGGCUGGGGCGACUGAGAAGCCCGCGCGGGGCUGGCGACCAGUAGCAGUACGGGGGCGGGGUUUCAUGCUGGAAGUGACCGUUCUCAUUUGUUUCGGUGGGCAGUGUAGCAGGUGGGAGAUGCAGCGGCCACCUGCGGAAGGGACGGAAGGGACCGAAGCGAAGGUUAACUAAGGCAGUUUGGAGCUGCGGCUGAGCAGCUGUCGCACAGUCAGAUCAUGGGCUCGACCAAGCAUUGGGGCGAAAGGUUCCUGAACCUGAGGGUGGCCCCCGCCGGCGUGUUUGGUGUGGCAUUUCUAGCCAGAGUCGCCCUGGUUUUCUAUGGGGUCUUCCAGGACCGGACCCUGCACGUGAGGUAUACGGAUAUAGACUAUCAGGUGUUCACUGACGCCGCGCGCUUCGUCACGGAGGGGCGCUCGCCUUACUUGAGAGCAACUUACCGUUACACCCCGCUGCUGAGUUGGCUCCUCACUCCCAACAUCUACCUCAGCGAGCUCUUUGGAAAGUUUCUCUUCAUCAGCUGCGACCUCCUCACCGCUUUCCUCUUGUACCGCCUGCUGCUGCUGAAGGGACUGGGGCGCCGCCAGGCUUGUGGCUACUGUGUCUUUUGGCUUCUUAACCCCCUGCCUAUGGCAGUAUCCAGCCGAGGUAAUGCAGACUCGAUUGUCGCCUGCCUGGUCCUGAUGGUCCUAUACCUAAUAAAGAAAAGACUCGUCGCGUGUGCAGCUGUAUUCUAUGGUUUCGCGGUGCAUAUGAAGAUAUAUCCGGUGACUUACAUCCUUCCCAUAACCCUUCACCUGCUUCCAGGUCGCGACAAUGGCGAAAGUCUCCGUCAAUCCCGGUGUUCCUUCCAGGCUCGUUGGCACGAGCUCCUGAAGAGGCUGUGUGAUCGGGCUGUGCUGUUGUUUGUAGCAGUUGCUGGACUCACGUUUUUUGCCCUGAGCUUUGGUUUUUACUAUGAGUACGGCUGGGAAUUUUUGGAGCACACUUACUUUUAUCACCUGACUAGGCGGGAUAUCCGUCACAACUUUUCUCCGUACUUCUACAUGCUGUAUUUGACUGCAGAGAGCAAGUGGAGUUUUCCCCUGGGAAUUGCAGCGUUCCUGCCACAGUUCAUCUUGCUUUCAGCUGUGUCUUUCGCCUAUUACAGAGACCUUGUCUUCUGUUGUUUUCUUCAUACGUCCAUUUUUGUGACUUUUAACAAAGUCUGCACCUCCCAGUACUUUCUUUGGUACCUCUGCUUACUGCCCCUUGUGAUGCCACGAAUAAGAAUGCCUUGGAAAAGAGCUGUAGUUCUCCUAAUGUUAUGGUUUAUAGGGCAGGCCUUAUGGCUGGCUCCUGCCUAUGUUCUUGAGUUUCAAGGAAAGAACACCUUUCUGUUUAUUUGGUUAGCUGGUUUGUUCUUCCUUCUUAUCAACUGUUCCAUCCUGAUUCAAAUUAUUUCCCAUUACAGAGAAGAACCCCUGACAGAGAGAAUCAAAUACGACUAGUGUAUGUUCCAGACUUUAUGCUGGUGUCUGUUACAUUCUGAUUGCCUUGUAUGGACCAGAAGAGAGCUUUGGGACUUUUUUUUCUGAACAUUCUAAGAACUCUAGUGAAAGUUCCCCUGUUCCAACAGAACUUAAAACCAGUGUUUGCCUUAUAUGUAAAAGGGACACAAUAAUUGAGGUCUGGAUGGGCACAGUGGCUCACGCCUGUAAUCCCAGCACUUUGGGAGGCCAAGGCAAGAUGUCGCUUUUUCACACAGGCUGCAAUGCAGUGGUAUAAUUAUGACUCACUGCAGCCUUGAACUCCCAGGCUCAAGUGACCCUCCUCCUCAGCCUUCCAAGUAGCUGGGACCACAGGACAUGGAAAGAGGAGACGGGCCUGAAAGACCAGUGAGUCACUCCCUAUGAAACAGGAGGGAACUGAGUUAUUUGUUGGCAGCCAAGAUACUGGAGAAGAUGAUGGGCCAGGAAGUUGAAAGAAGCCUGACUGUACCUCCAAGCCUGGCCAAACCCUGUAUUUGAAGGAGAGGCCCUGACUCUGUGAUGUCAGGGACGGAAGAAUACACCACUGUCUCAGGUGAAGUUCUACAAAGAUGGGAAAGUCCUUCAUUUCUCUAAGGAAAGCAGGCUCUGUCCAUGGGAGCAGCAACAGUGCAGAGCCAUGGCCAGUACCGCUGCACCGGGCAGGUGAUGUAUGUUCCACAGACAUUUACACAAACUUCAGAGGCUGCCAUGGUUCAAGUCCAAGGUGAGUCACCAGCUUGGGAGUUUGUGGGGCAGGAGGUGCCACUCAGGGGUCCUGUCUCUAGAGGUCAGUAGCUCUCAGGAAAGGACCCCUGUCUCUGGCUGCCCCUCUUGCUGGACCAAUGUGUGAGGCUCUAAGGUUUCCCAAGAUGUUAUCUGAAUGUCCCCCUCCCCACCAUGGGACACAUCUGGGACCAGGGGAAGGAGCAGAGAGAUCCCUGGGAGGGGGUGCUGGGAAGAGGAUGGACCAGUCCAGGCUCACCCUUCCCCUGUGUGGACUAGAGGACCUCGAAGGCCCCCACUGGCUGUGAGGGAGUCAUUUCAGAGCUUGUGGGUGAGGACAAGAGGACAGGUCCUGGGGAUGAAACUGCCUCCCAUCAGGAACCCCGGGCUGCAGCCUGGGAUGAGUAGAAGCUCAGGCCUCAGCCUCAUGGGGCUUCAUCACCCUGGACUUGCCUCCUGAGCCCUGGGCCUGCAUCUCCCCAGAGUUGUUCCCACCUCCGGAGCUGAGUGCCGUCCCCUCUCCUGAGCCCCGAGAGGGGAGCCUGGUGACCCUGAGAUGUCAGACAAAGCUGUACCCCCUGAGGUCAGCAUUGAGGCUCCUCUUGUCCUUCCACAAGGACUGCCGCACCUUCCAGGACAGGGGCCCCCACCCAGAACUCUGCAUCCCAGGAGUCAAGGGUGGAGACUCUGGGCUUUACUGGUGUGAGGCGGCCCCUGAGGGUGGCCAGGUCCAGAAGCAGAGCCCCCAGCUGGAGGUCAGAGUACAGGGUAAGUUCAUGAGGGUGGGGAGACACCCCCAGGGGUCUGGACAUUGAGCAGUGGGACCCCCUGGGAGGAAGGGAGUUGGGAGAAGGGUCCCUGGGAGAGGUGAAAGCCAGGUCCUGGGUGGUCAGGCUGAACCUCCCACCCAAUGUGCAUCCCAGCUCCUGUGUCCUGCCCUGUACUCACUCUGUACCAUGGGCCCGCUGACCCUGCUGUGGGGGACGUGGUGCAGCUCCUCUGCGAGGCCCAGAGGGGCUUCUCUGAUCCAGUAUUCAUUCUACUUUGAUGAGAAGAUUGUGGGGAACCACUCAGCUCCCUGUGGUGGAACCGCCUCCCUCUUCUUCCCAGUGAAGUCAGAGCACAAUGCUGGGAUCUCAUCCUGUGAGGCUGAGAACAGUGUCUCCAUAGGAGUGAGCCCAAAAACUCUCCCUUGUUGGUGCAUCUUGUCCUCUAACUGGGCUCAGAGCCCUGGAGGUUAGGAUAAUGGUGCACUCAUCACUGCACCCUAAGCAGCCUGGCGUGGAAUGAGGGGAGCUUGGAGGGGCAGAUGUGUGGAGGAAGAGGUAUGUCAAGCGUUAGGAAAACAAGAAAGGGCAACAGGACCCAAGCAGUGAGACGUGUCUCCUUUUCUCAACCAUAGAAGUUGUGGAUCCUUCUAGAGAACUGGUUUCCUGUGGUCUCACCAACUCUAAGCCUUCUAGCUCUUGGCCUGAGACACAGGCAACUUCUCUCCUGCAGUGAGGCCAUAGGGUGUGUUUGAGGGGUGGGGUGGGGGGCAGAGCUAGAGUCACACACAGGAUGGGAACAGAGAGGUGGAAGGAGCUGGAGUCCCAUGUGCAGGUCAGCUUGGGAGACCUGCAGGAGACCAGAAUCCAGCUUGGCCCUCAUGACUCUCCAGGCUCUCUAUGCACUCUCCCCUCUGAGCUGUCUACAUUUCCUUCUUCCCCUUUGCUGCUGGGGUGAGCCAUUGAUAGGUCUGUAUGCCAUUCUGCAGAGGGAGUUCUGAGGCCUUACAGACAGGGUUGGUUGGUUUGUUUUUCUUUUGUUUUUGUAUUUUUUGGGGGGUUAAUCACAGCCCUCUGAGUUCCCCGGAACUCCUCAUAGUGCCAGGGGAGAAACAAUAGUAGUUUUGUCUAGGUGUGGCCUGAAGAUUCAUGAAAGUAGCUCUAAGGCUCUGGGGCCUGGGUGUCAACUGUGACCCUGACCCCGCAUCCUUUCCACAUGGUCCUGCAAAGCUGCCAGGACUUCCACUUUCUACUGCAUGUCCUAACCUUCCAUGCCUGGGAAUCUUACCCAAUAAAGUGAGGUGACAGAAUGAGUACAAGUCAGUCCCAAUGUGUGUUAGCAUUCUGCAGCUUCCUUGGUCUCAGAGGACUCUGUGAGCUAUCUCCUCACCUCACUCACAGCUGGGUGGCACCCUUAACCCCCUUCUCCAGCCCCGGGUACCAGCUCAUAAAGGGGCUCAGUGGCUGUGGGCACAGAGAGCCCUGCUAGAACCCUUCGCUCUGGAUUUCUCCCUGAGGGACCUUGUUCUCCAGCAGCGUCAUUGUCAGUGCAGGGCAGGAUUCAAGAGUCCGGCCAUACUGGACUGAUUUGGUUUGAUUGGUUUGUUCCUUCCUUCCUUCUUAUUGCCUUGUUCGAAAGGUGAAUCUUAUAAGUUCCCUAGCAAAGAAUCAAUCUUUCCCAGAGAGAGGUUUGGCCUUUGCCCCCACUAUGGGGUGCCAAUCUCUAGGCCCCGGGAUGCCAUACCUGAUAAGAGUGUCUUUGUUUGUCCAGGGGCCUUGGCCAUCAGACAGUUCAACAGUGUGAUUUAUGAUGGGGGAUUUGGGCCAAGCACUGUCAUUUCUACCUCCAGAGGAACUGGAGACCAAAGAUAUCAGCCUGACCUUUGGAAAGGCUGGUGACUGACAGUCAGCCACGUGGGCAGCGUGUGAUUUAGUCCUAGUAAAAACUCUGAGGCUUGGCUGAGCUUUCCUCGUUGGAAAUACUGUGUGUGUGUUGUCACACACUGAUGCCAGGAGAGAACCCCAUCCCAACGCCCUGGGAGAGGACAUACUUAGUACUUCCCUGGACUCUGUGUGCUUCUUUCCCAGGCUGAUUUUAAUCUGUAUCCUUUCCCUUCAGUAAGACAUAACCAUGAAUAUAACAGCUUUCAUUGUAUUCUGUGAAUCCUUCUAGCAAAUUAUUAAAACUGAGGGUAGUUUUUGAAAUUCCUUGGGCUUGCAAUAGGUGUCAGAAGUGAGGGCGGUCCUGUGUGGACUGUGUUCUCUCUAACUGUACACUUGGCUAAACUCUCACACAUGUCUUAUAAAAUGUACACACUGUCGCAAGAUAAAAUACCAGUUAGGAAGAUAAGGUCAGAAGAAAGUAGGAUAGGAAAAUAAGUUGCAGCAAGGGACAAGCUCGGUAUCCAAAUGAUGUUUCAGUGUUUGAUCCAUGGCUACAGGAGGGCUACGAAUGCAGCUUUCUGCUUUCCAUCAGCAACUCCAAGAGGGCAAUAAAAUCUACUGUAAAAUCACAGGGCUGCUCAGAGAAAUGGCCCUGCUGUUCCUACCACUGGGAGGCAUUUUUUCUCAAGAAAACACUGUGUGAUAAUGAACAGCAUCUUUAGCCUUAUAUUUUCCAUAGCCCCACUGAAUAUUCCUGCUUUAUAACACUCUUUGACACAAGCUAUGGUCAUUGAUUGCAACAAAACAUUUCAGGGGGGGAGGUCUGCACCAUCCUCAUAUGAGGUGGCUUGGGUUUUGUCUUUCUGAUCAUUGAGCUAAACCUAGGUUAGUGAUUCUCAAUGGAGGCAGAAAUCCCAACUUUGAGGACCUCUGCCAGACUGAGCCAUAAUUACGUAUGGAAGCAUAUGGCAUGCUUUUGUGGUUUUAAGGCUAUAAAAAAAGGUGAGAAACACUAUUUGAUUGAUUGACGGAUUGAGACAGAGUCUUGCUCUGUCACCCACACUGGAGUAAGGAGGUGUAAUCAUGGCUCACUGUAGUCUCCCCUCCCCUUUCACCCCUGGGCUCAAGCCGUCUUCCCACCUCAGCUGCCUGAGUGGCUGGGACUACAGAAGUGCACCAGUACACCACCAUGCCCUGCUGAUUUUGUAUUUUUGGUAGAGAUGGUGUUUUGCCAUGCUGCCCAAGCAAGUCUUGAACUCCUGGGCUCGAGUGAUUUGCCUGCCUCACCCUCCCAAAGUGGUGGGAUUUCAGGCAUAAGCUACCAUGCCCAGUCGAUAAACAUUAUUUUUAAAGGAUUUUGAGUAGGGUGCGGGAACAUUUCUUUAAGUGAAAUGUUCCUCUCUCCCAUCCAGGAAAUAUUUUCAUAAGCCCAAUUAUGUAACUAGGUGAAAGUUCAGCUAUUCCAGUUGAAAUGAAGAUGAAAACCCAGGAGUUACACCUGCCAAUGCCACCCCAUUUUCUGCUUAUCUGCAAUCCCUGAGCAGAGGAGCUCCCUAGAAUCCUUAAGGCUCCAAGACAUUGCCUUGGGAUUUACAUAAAGUGCUGAGCUGGGCUACUCCCUCCAACUUCCACAAGAACAGUUUAUUUUAUUUUAUUUUUAUCAUAUUGGGUUUCUUGUGAUAUUUACAUUGAGGAAAGGUUGCAUGGAUUUUAUUUUAAAGUUCAGCAGCCACUGUUCUAGAGGAGGGACUUAGUUGCAUAGACUUUGGGUAAUACUUCAUCAGGUGAGCUUGGAAAGGUAAAGAGUUAGGGACUAUACCCCAUUCCCCCUUCUCCAUCCCCACAGGCAGCUAGCUAUCCUCAGUGCUAGAAAUUAUCCAUCGUAGAAAACUACUCUCCACCUCUUCUUGCUCCAUGCAGAGAGCAGUUUAGGGGUUGCUUCUUAACCCUCCACUUCUCUUUCUGUUUCUCAUUUCCUCUUCUAGUAGUUUGAGAGGGAAUCCCCAAGCCCUCCCCUUCUUCAUCUCCUCCUCCUCCUCCUCCUCUUCUUCUUCUUUUUGUUUUUUCUUUGUGAUGGAGUCUUGCCUCAUCGCUCAGGCUGGAGUGCAGUGGUGAGAUUUCAGCUCACUGCAACCUGUGCCUCCUGAGUUCAAGUGAUUUUCCUGCCUCAUCCUCCUGAGUAGCUGAGAUUACAGGUGCCUGCCACCACACCCAGCUGAUUUUUUUUUUUUUUUAACUAGAGAUGGGGUUUCACCAUGUUGGCCAGGCUGGUCUUGAACUCCUAACCUCAGGUGAUCCACCCCACAUGGCCUCCCAAAGUAUUGGGAUUACAGGCAUGAGCCACCGUGCCCAGUCCUUCCCUACUUCUAAAACAUUUCUGUAGAUUAGAAGAAAAUGACUCCAUUGUUGGUGCACUGCUGCCAUGCUUCCUCCCCUCAGAGGAAGAAACCUCUCAGACAUAGGAAAUCCUGCCUCACAGUCCAAUGACUCAAACUCCAAGCCACCUCCAAUGUUCCAAGGUCAGAAUCCCAGACAGUCCUUCUCUCCCCUUCAAAGAAGGAUUUGACCAAGAGAGCAGAGUGCCAUGGGUGCCACAAAACCAUUGUAACUGGCAAGGUAUUUGGGGAACUUGACAGGGAAGAGAGAGGAUCUUUCAUGUGAUAGUGAAAAACAUUUAAUGGGAAGGAGAGGAGUGAGUUUCCCUGAGAAAAGAGAAAAUGAGAUUGCCUUCUGAGUCUCAAAGUGUUAAGUACAUACUUGGUACAUCAGAGAUGAGGCAGGCAUGUUAUUCCUAAAGAAUUACAAAAAUGAGAUGGGGUGUUGUGAACAGCUCUCAGCAGAAUAAGUAUGGGGGAAUGUACCUCAACACAAUAAAAUCCAUAUAUGACAAGCCCACAGCUAAUAUUAUACUCAAUGGAGAAAAGUUGAAAGCUUUUCUUCUAAUAUCAGAAACAUAACAAGGAUGUCCACUUUCACCACUCCUUUUCAACAUAGUUCUCAAAGUCCUAGCCAGAGCAAUUCUUCAAGAGAAAGAAAUAAAAGGCAUCUUAAUAAGAAAGGAAGAAGAGAAAUUGCCUUCCUUUGCUGAUGACAUGAUCAUAUAUAUAUACUAAAGACUCAGUAGAAAACUCUCAGAACUGAUGAACAAAUUCCAUAAAGUUGCAGAAUACAAAAUCAACAUACAAAAAUUAGUAGCAUUUCUGUAUGCUAAUAACAAGCUAUCCAAAAAGGAAAUUAGGAACCAUCCAAUUUACAACAGCAACAAAAGAUAAAGUAGUUAGAUGUAAAUUUAACUAAGGAGGUGAAAGACUUAUAUACUGAAAACUAUAAAACACUAAUGAAAGAAUGGAUGAAAACACAUAUAAAUAGCAAGAUAUUCCAUGUUCAUGGAUUGGAAAAGUUAAUACUGUUAUAAUGUCCAUAUUAACCCAAAGGAGUCUACGGAUUCAAUGCAAUCCCUAUUUUUAAUUGUAGUCUAAUGUCACUUUUUACAGAAAUAGAAAAACAAAUCCCUAAAUGUGUAGGGAACAACAAAAGACCACAAAGGGCCAAAAUAAUUUUGAGCAAAAAUAACAAAGCUAAAGGCAUUGCAGGUCUUUAAUUUAAAGUAUAUUAUAAAGCAAUUGUAAUAAAAACAAUAUAGUACUGCCAUAAAAACAGAUCCACCAACCAAUGGAACAGAAAUAAACCAAUGCAUUUAUAGUUGAUUGAUUUUUGACAAAGGUGCCAAAAGCCUACAAUGAGGAAAGGACAAUCUAUUCAAUAAACAGUGCAGGAAAGGUGGUUAUCCACAUGCAGAAGGAUGAAAUUAGUCCUUUAUCUUCCAUUACGCAUAAAAUGGAGGAAAGACUUUAAAUGUAAGACUUACACUGUAAAACUACUAGAAGGAAGCAUGAGGGGAAACCCUCAUUACAUUGGUCUGGACAAGACUUUUUGGAUUUGACUCUGACAGGCAACAAAAGCAAAAUAAACAAAUGGGAUUGUGUAAAACUAAAAUGUUUAUGCACAGCAAAACAAAAACAACAAAGUGAAAGACCUACAGAAUGGGAAAAGUAUUUUCAAACUAUACAUCUGAUGAGGAGUUAAUAUCCAAAAUAUAUGAGGAAUCCAAACAACACAUUAGCAAAAAAACAAGUAACCUGAUUAAAAAAUGGGCAAAGGACUUGAACAGGCACUUCUCAAAAGAAGGCAUUCAAAUGGCUAACAGGUUCAUUAAAAAAUGGUCAGCAUCCCUAAUCACUAAAGAAAUGCAAAUUAAAACCACAAUGGGGUAUCACCUCUUACCUGUUAGAAUGGCUUUUAUCAAAAUGAUAAAAGAUAACAUAUAUUGACAAAGACACAGAAAAAAGGGAACACUUGUACACUGUUAGUAGGAAUGUAAAUUAAUACAGCUGUUAUAGAAAACAGUAUGGAGGUUUCUCAAAAAACUAAAAAUGUAACUUCCAUAUGAUCCAACAAUCCCACUUCUGGAAAUAUAUCCAAAGGAAUUCAAAUAACUAUGUUGAAGGGAUAUCCCUUUAACUUGAACUCCCAUGUUUAUUGUAGCAUUAUGUACAAUUGAUAAGAUGUGAAAUCAAUCUAAAUGUCCAUCAGUGGAUAAAUAGAAAAGAAAAUGAGGUGUAUACACACAAUGGAAUAUUAUUCAGCUUUUAAAAAGAAUGUAGUUCUGUCAUUUUGGACAACACAAAUGAAUCUAGAGGAUACUAUGCUAAGUGAAAUAAGCCAGGCACAGAAAGAUGAAUAAUGCAUGAUCUCAUUUAGAUGUGGAACAUAAAAGAAGUUGAGGCUGGUCCGAGUGCAGUGGUGUUUACAACUGGAUCACAACCAGUUACAGAUUUCUUUGUCCCUUCUCAUUUCCCACUGCUUGACUUGACUAGGCUUAAAAAAAAAAAGUUGAAUUUAUGAAAGAAUAAUGGUUCCCAGAGGCAGUGGGUAGGGGAGGAGUGAAGGAAUGGGGAAUUACUGGUCCAAGGGUACAAAGUUUCAGCUGGACCAGAAGAAUAAGUUUUGAGAUCUGCUGCACAGCAGGAUGACUGUAAUCAAUGAUAAUAUGUUAUGUAUUUCAAACUAAGAGAGCAAUUUCAAAUGUAUCACCACAAAAAUAUUAAGAAAGUGAAGUGAUGGGUAUGUUAAUUAGCUUGAUUUAAUCACUCUGAAUUAUAGACAUAUAUCCAAACAUCACAUCAUACUAUAUAAACAUAAUAUAAUUAUAGUUUGUCAAUUAAGCAUCAUUUAUAUACUCUUUUUUUUUAGAGAAGGAAAGAAAAAAAGGAGUGAAGGAGAGAAAGAAAGGAAGAAAAAGAAGGAGAGAGAACGGAAAUCUUGCUUUAUUCUAAAAAAAAAUGGGUAUUAAUAAUGGCCAAUCAAUGUUUCAUUUAAACCUAUGAGUAGGUGUGAUGUGGUAUUGACAAGAAUGUAUAUUUUGUGUAUUUAAAGUGGAGAGCUCUAUAAAUAUUUGUUAAGUUUACUUGUUCUGGAUCUGUGUUCAAGUCCUUGAUAUCCUUAUUAAUUUUCUGUCUCAUUGAGUCUAAGUCUCUAUGUAUCUGGGUGUUAGGAUCAUUAGCUCUUGUUGUUGCACUGAUCCUUUUACCACUAUAUCUUUGUUGCUUUAAAAUCUAUUUUAUCAGAUACGAGAAUUGCAACUCCUGCUUUUUAUUUAUUUAUUUAAUUUUGCUCUCCAUUUGGUUGGUAAAUCUUUCUCCAUCCCUUUGUUUUGAGUCUUUGUGUAUCCUUGCAUGUGAAACGGGUCUGGAUGUAACAUGCCUUGGGUUUUGGCUGUAUCUUUUGAUUGGGGGAUUUAGCCGAUUUAAAUUUAGGAUUACUGCCAUUUGAUGUUAACUGGCUGUUUUAUCUAUUCGUUGGUGUAAAUUCUUCUUUAUGUUGAUGCUCUUUACUUUUUGGUCUAUUUUUAGAAAGGCUAAUACUGGUUGUUUCUUUCUAUGUGUAAUGCUUCUUUCAGAAGCUCUUGUAAAGCAGGCCUGGUGGUAAUAAAAUCUCUGAAUACUUGCUUGUUCAUUCUCCCAUUUAUAUACUCUUCCUUCAGUUGUGAAGCUUAGUUUGGCUGGAUAUGAAAUUCAGGGCUGAAAGUUCUGUUCUUUAAGGAUGUUGAAUAUUGGCCCCCACUCUCUUCUGGCUUGUAGAGUUUCUGCUGAGAGAUCUGCUGUAAGUCUGAUAGGCUUCCCUUUGUAAUUAACCUGACCUUUCUCUCUGGCUGCCCUUAGUAUUUUCUCCUUCGUUUCAACCCUGGUGAAUCUAACGAUUAUGUGCCUUGGGGUUGCUCUUCUUGAGGAAUAUCUUUGUGGUGUUCUCUGUAUUACCUGGGUUGACUAUUGUCCUGCUUUGCUAGUUUAGGAAAAUUUUCCUGAAUAAUAUCCUGAAGAAUAUUUUCCAGCUUGGAUUCAUUCUCUCCAUCGCAUUCAGGUACACCUAUCAAACAUAAAUUUGUUCUUUUCACAUAGUCCCACAUUUCUUGGAGACUUUGCUCAUUCCUUUUUAUCCUUUUUUCUCUAAUCUUGUCUUCUCAUUUUAGUUCAUUAAUUUGGACUUCGACCUCUGAUAUCCUUUCUUCUGCUUGAACAAUUCGAGUGUUUAAACCUGUGCAUACUUCUUGGAGUUCCCGCAUUGUAUUCUUCAGUUCCAUUAAUUCACUUAUAUUCCUCUCUAAGUUGUCUAUUCUCAUUAGGAUUUCGUCAAACCUUUUUUCAAAGUUCUUAGUUUCUUUACAUUGGGCUAUAACAUGUUCUUUUAACUGAUAGAAAUUUCUUAUUAUCCAUCUUCUGAAGCCUGAUUCUGUUAAUGGGAUGCGCUCGUUCUCCAACAAGUCUUGUUCCCUUGUUGAUGAGGAACUGUGAUCCUCUUUAGAGGGAGAGGCGUUCUGAUUUUGAGUAUUCUCAGCCUUUUUACACUGGUUUCUUCACAUCAUUGUAAAUUUAUCCACCUGUCGUCUUUGUAAUUACCAACUUUCAAAUUAGGUCUCUGAGUGGACGUCCACGUUGUUAAUUCCCAGGGCUGAAAUAUGAGCAACCCUCUGUGCUGGCCAAAACAGCAGCGUUAAGACUGAUGGUGCUUUUCUGCCCAGGAAUCUCCAGUCUGGCUUCCUUCAUGAGUUCGUAAUAAGCGACUCUGCCUUCCCGGAGCUCCAAACCUCAGUCAGAAGGGGAACCAGUCCCGUUUACUCUGCACCAAGAGCUGCCGCGCCGAGGUGCUGGCACAACCACUGCGGCGGCCACAAGAGUCGCGCUGGUGACCCGUGUGGCUCCACCAAACCUCUCGGUCAGAAGGGGAACCAGUCCCAUUUACUCUGCACCGAGAGCUGCCACACCGAGGUACUGGCAAAACCGCUGCGCCGGCCACAAGAGUCGCGCUGGCAACCCAUGGAGCUCCUCCGCUGGGAAUCUUCUGCUCCGUGAGCGACCAAAAUUUGUCUGAAAGUGUGGUGUCCUCUCGUUCUCUGAGCUUUCACUGGGAGCUGCAAUCCCGAGAUGUUAGCGAUCAGCCAUCUUGGAUCAUUCUCCCAUUUAUGUACUCUUAAAAAGAAACAUUUUAAUGUGGGGGGUAAGGGAAGUGAAUAGCCCUGGAAAAGGAAACAGGGAUAUUGCCUUCAGAGUUCCAAAGUAUGAAGACAAUAUUUAGUGCAUCAAAGAUGAGGUAUGCAAAUUAUCCCUUACGAAACAAAUAAUAAAAUGAAGCUAUGUACAUCAUUAGAAAAAUGAGGUGGGUGUUGUGGACGCACUGCAAAAGGAGAGUCAUGGAAGUACACACCCUGACAGUGCCUAUUCAAGUUCUGUCUAGGGACUCUGUCAGCCAGACUCAGCUUCCAGGCAACCUCACAGAAGGGAGAUGGACACCAUAGAUUGUCAUCAGAGUGUUGAGUCUUAGCUCAUCUCCUUUUCUCUAGCACCAUGUUCCCUAGGCAGCCUUCUGUUGACAGCUCCUCAUACUGACUGUGUACAGGGAGGGAAUGUCAGGGCAAUGGAGCUGCAACUGGCCUAUUUGACCAGAACUCUAACCAAAGAAGGCUUCUUUCCCCCAUCCCUUGGUGUUCCUUCAUCCUGCCUUGUUUUUCCUCACGGUACUUUAUCACCUGAUGUUACAGAUUUGUUUGUUGUGUAUUGCUUAUCCUCCCCAACCUUGACCCUGAUGAUAAUGUAAGCUUCAAGCUUUCCUGUUCACUGCUGCAUCCCACACCUAGAAUGGUGCCUGGCAUUUAAUUGAAGCUUGAUAAAUAUUUGUAAGAUGGAUGGCUAAUUUUAUAUGUCUGUUUGAUGACAUCUCUGAUAAAAUGAGGCAGUAUUCCAGAUUCUGGUCAACACUGGGACAUUGAUGAGUUAGAGUUUGACCCUGUACUGUGAAAAGUGCGAAUUAACUAAGAAAAAUGGCAUCAUGUGCAGACCUGUCUGCUCAGCCCACAGCUUUCCUCUGGCCACUCCCCUCUGUUUCCCUUGUGCUUUCUUUGUGUGCUUUCAGUCUCAAAUACAAAUUAAUAACAACAAAGGAAUAAUACAAAUUAAUGAUGACAUCAACAAUAAUAAUCACACUGAAGGCUUUCUAUAUGCCAGGUAGUUUUGUUACUUCUCAAAUUUGUUUAAUCAAGUAAAAUUUUGCCAGCAAGACACCAGGGGACCCGAGUUUUGGCCCCAGAUUUGCUGUUAAACUGUGUGACCUUGAGGAAGUCUCUCCACCAGUCCAAACCUCUGGUUUUUGUUUGUUGUUUGUUUUUUAGUUUUUAAUUAGUGAAGUAAAGGGUUGGACAAGAUCCGUAGAUUCUAAACUUUUUUCUUUUAGCAAGAGCACCCUAUUUUCAAACAAGUCCUGCAUCAGAACUCCCUGUGUGAAAAGAUAAAAGCAGUCUGUCUGUGGUUGAAGCUCCCUGGCCUUGCACCUGCUUCCCUGCGGCAGUCCUUGAGACAGCUCCUCAGAAAGCCCAGAAGAACAGAUUAAACGCU